UUAGUUAUCAUGCGCCAUCCCAACCGAGCUGGGCCAAAAUCUAUGACCGUGCCUCUAUGCUCUGUUUCGAGCUCAAGAAUCGAGAGAAAGAGAAUUGGCGCAAGGAAGAGAAUUGGUUAGCAAAGGAUGGCAACAGAUGAUCUGGAGAUACCUGAAGGAUCGGUCCGGAACAUACUAGACCAAGAGACCCUCAAGUGGGUCUUCGUCGGAGGCAAAGGUGGUGUCGGAAAAACCACUUGCAGUUCCAUUCUCUCGGUCCUUUUGGCUAGGGUCAGAUCCUCUGUCUUGAUCAUAUCCACUGACCCAGCUCACAAUCUUAGCGAUGCGUUUCAACAGCGAUUCACCAAGACCCCCACUUUGGUCAAUGGCUUCAACAAUUUAUAUGCUAUGGAAGUCGAUCCUAAUGUUGAAAACGAGGACGUAGGCGGAAAUGAUGGAAUGGACAGUGUUUUCUCUGAGCUAGCGAACGCAAUUCCUGGAAUCGAUGAGGCUAUGAGCUUUGCAGAAAUGUUGAAAUUGGUGCAAACGAUGGACUACUCUGUUAUUGUAUUUGAUACGGCUCCAACUGGUCAUACACUCCGGCUAUUACAAUUUCCAUCAACUCUAGAGAAGGGGCUGCAAAAAAUGAUGUCUUUGAAAAGUAAAUUUGGUGGUUUAUUGAGCCAGAUGACUCGUGUAUUUGGUAUUGAUGAUGAAUUUGGUGAAGAUGCCCUUUUGGGAAGGCUUGAGGGCAUGAAAGAUGUGAUUGAACGAGUGAAUAUGCAAUUCAAAGACCCAGAUUUGACAACCUUUGUCUGUGUUUGCAUUCCGGAAUUUCUCUCACUUUAUGAAACAGAGAGACUAGUGCAGGAACUUACCAAAUUUGAAAUAGAUACACAUAAUAUUAUCAUUAACCAAGUACUAUAUGAUGAAGAAGAUGUCGAAUCCAAAUUGCUUAAAGCAAGAAUGCGGAUGCAACAAAAGUACAUGGAUCAGUUCUACAUGUUGUAUGAUGACUUUAAUAUCACCAAGUUGCCAUUGUUGCCAGAAGAGGUUACUGGGGUUGAAGCUCUGAAAGCUUUCUCAAGUCAUUUUCUGACACAUUAUCAACCUUCCACCAGUAGAGGGACAGUGGAAGCGUUGGAACAAAAGAUAGAUACCCUAAAGCAGCAAUUGACAGAUGCUGAAGAAGAAUUAGAGAAACUCCGGAAAGGAAAGCAGAUUGCCUAACCUAAUUGCGUCUGUUCACCCAUUUUUUCUGAGCAUCCAACCACUUCAACUGCCAAGAGAAGUGGAUCCUAUAUUUCAUUUCUGAAUGAUGUCCUGUGUAGAUUCAUUGAUCUAUGAUUUUUUAUUUUUUUGUGGUAGAUUUAUUUAUUUAUGGAUUUUUUGUUAUUACCCCCUCUCUUCACAAUAAGUGGGACAUUUUUAUUAUUAGAGUGUAUUACACUCGGCCAUAUCUCAGGCCUUUAUUUUUGUAGCAUUUAGACCAUUUAAUCAAUCAAAGGGUCAUUGACUUUGAA